AUGGAGUGGAUGAGAGACAAGAAUUCCAUCUCCAAUGAGCUCCGCCUGGAAGGGCGAUUCUGUGAUGUGAUCAUAAGCGUAGACGGAGUGGAAUUCAAGGCCCACAAGCUCAUCCUCUCUUGUUGUAGUGUCUACUUCAGGACUCUGUUUACCAACUGGGACCGCCCAGGCAAGAUGGUCUAUCAAAUCCCCGGCGUUUCAGCUGAAAUGAUGGGUCUCAUCAUCAAUUAUGCCUACACUGGGACAGUACCAAUCACGGAUGACAACGUUGAGAGUUUGCUGGCUGCAGCAGACCAGUUCAAUGUCAUGGGCAUCGUCAACUUGUGCUGCGAGUUCCUGAGAUCCAGAUUGUGCUUCGAAAACUGCAUUGGCACCUGCAGACUCACUGAUUAUUACUAUUGCCCCGACCUGCGCGCAGCCGCCUGUGCAUAUAUCCUGCAUCACUUUGAGGAGGUGUCCCAGGUGUCCGAGGAGUUCCUAGACCUCUCUGCUGAGGAGCUGGCACACAUCAUUGAGAAGGAUGAGCUCAACGUGAAGCGAGAAGAAGCCGUGUUCGAGGCUGUGCUGAGGUGGAUUGCUCACGACCCGCAGAACAGGAGGCAGUACAUCGCCUGCUUGCUGGGCAAGGUUCGACUGGCACUCCUCCAGUCUGACUACUUCAUGAACAACGUCAAAGCUCACGAGUACGUGAAGGACAAUGCUGAGUGCAAAGAUCUCAUCAUCAGUGCCCUGUCAGAAAUCUACGACCUGAACUCAUACGGCCAGAGCUCCUCAGCCAAUGCCAACCCACUCACCCGGCCGCGCCUGCCCUACGCCAUCCUCUUUGCCAUCGGGGGCUGGAGCGGGGGCGGCGCCACCAGCGCCAUCGAGACCUACGACGGCCGCACCGACAAGUGGCUGAACAUCCCCUGGGAGCAAGAGAGCCCUGUUGCCUACCACGGCUCGGCGUAUUUGAAAGGCUACGUCUACGUCAUUGGCGGAUUUGAUGGCACCGAUUAUUUCAACAUCGUCAAGCGGUUUGACCCACUCCAGAAGACGUGGCAGCAGGUGGCACCCAUGCACUCACGGCGCUGCUACGUCAGCGUCACCGUCGUGGACAACUUCAUCUACGCCAUGGGAGGGUUUGACGGGUACAUACGGCUCAACACAGCAGAGCGCUAUGACCCAGACACCAACCAGUGGACCCUGAUCACCCCCAUGCACGAGCAGAGGAGCGAUGCCAACGCGACCACGCUGAACGGAAAGGUGUACAUCUGUGGUGGGUUUGAUGGUGAUCAGUGCCUGAGCUCAGCUGAAGUGUUUGAUCCUGCCACAAACCAGUGGUCCCUGAUCGCCCCGAUGAGCAGCAGGAGGAGCGGGGUUGGGGUGAUGGCGUACGGGAACCAGGUGUACGCGGUCGGAGGGUUUGAUGGAAACAGCCGGCUCCAGACCGUGGAAGCAUAUAACCCCGUCACCGACACCUGGCGCGCCGUGCCCUCCAUGCUAAACCCACGCAGCAACUUUGGCAUUGAGGUGAUGGACGGCCUGUUGUUCGUGGUCGGGGGCUUCAACGGGUUCAGCACCACCGUGGCUGCCGAGUGCUACGAGGAGGACACCAACGAGUGGUACGACGCCCACAGCAUGGGCAUCACCCGCAGCGCCGUCAGCUGCUGCGUGGUGCCAGGGCUGUCCAACGUCAUGGAGUACAUCGCCAGGCAACACUACUACCGGCACAACAACUCCAUGGACAUCUCGUUCAGCACUUCAACUCGGAGCGCCCCGUUGUAAAUAGUUCCCCCUUAGCUAAGUCUGGUGGUCAGCCAUCACUGGAUGCUCUUGUAAAUAGUCUUGCUGAGCUAAUAAAGUCUUCUGAGCAUCCCAGCAUUGGAUGCCUGU